CUUUUAGAAACGUGUGCUCAAACCGCGUGGCAUUCUUAAUCCAUUUCCCCUAUUAGAUUAUUCCAUUACAUUGAUCCAUUCCUGGCUUUGCUUGCUUAAUUGCUUUCUUCUCCUCCGUUUUGUUGCCCGGUCGUCAAUCCCCCUCUCUCCCCAAUUGCUUAACGACACGCCCUCGCCUCCUCCUCGCUUCGCAUCCCCCUCCCCACUGCUCCACCUCCCCAUCCGAGGCACGAUUGCUUCCUUCGCCGCAGCUUUCCAGUCCGUCCUCCGCGCCAUUUUUUUCCUUCUCUCCAGGUAUUGUCCCGGUGUUUCUUCUUUUCUUUUCUUUUCUUUUCCUUGGCGCAUUCUUCAGCCUGUGCCGCGAGUGAUUGAUGAAGAAAGGAGUGUCCUUUUCUUGUUUCUUGACGCCGGAUUCAGUUCUUGAUCCGUGAUUCCGCCGUUGUCCGCCGAGGUGUCAGUCGCCGGCGAGAAGAGAACUGGCCUUGAUUGCCGCCGGAUUCAGCCGCGAUUUGUCGUUGCGCCAGCUCUGGAUUGUGUGACAGACAAGGGCCCUGAUUCCUAUGCUGUUGAAUUGGGGCAAGUUGCUGUUGCCUUGUUGGUGUCGGCAACAAAGGCGGGUGGGUUGAUCCGGAGACUUUGAUGAAUCCUCGCCGAUCCAAGUCAGUCAAGCUCGUGUCGGCGCGCGCCAACAAGCCCCUUGAGGUGGAUAUCGCCGAGGAGGACCCGCGGAUGAGCUCGUCGGCCGACAACACAGUCUACUGCUGCAUUGCCAAGGGGAGGAAGGUCAUCUACUGCUACAACAGCAAGGAUGGCGAUCCGCAGAUGGAGUCCACGGCCGCGCUCUGCCUGGAGAACGCGCCCUCGCACCACCGGCAUUACAUCCACACCUCGGGGUCAAGGAGCUUCGGCUACUUGAUGGCUGACGGGCACACGUUCUUCGCGAUCAUUGACCCGAGUGUCGGGAAUGUGGGUGCCUUGCAAUUCCUGGAGCGCAUGCGAGAUGUAUUCAGGAAUGCGAAUAGGAAUGGCUUCCAUGACUCGCUGGUACCAGCAGUCCAGAGGCUGGUGGCUUCGCUGGAGAAGAUGCCCCGUGCCGCGUUCGUCCUCGAGGAAAGUGCAGACAGGGGAGGAUCAAAUGACAGUUCCACCUGCACGUCGUCGAAGGUGCCUUUGCUGGGGAAGAGUGGGAGCAGGAAGGAGAAGAGAAAGGCGAAGGAUAAAGCGAUGCCAGCUGGGGAUGGCGAUGAUGAGCAUCAUGGGACUAGGGGGGUGAGAAUAGAUAUGCCAACAGAGGAGGUCGGCGGCAUGUCGUUGGAGCGGAGUUCAAGCCAAUCCAGACUGCGACGGCAGCAGCCAUCUCGGUCCUUGUGGAUGCGCCAUGUGAAGAUCAUCAUCAUUGUCGAUGUCGUCAUCUGCCUGGUGCUGUUUGCUGCUUGGCUGGCCAUCUGCAAGGGUUUCCAGUGUGUUUCUGGGUGAUGGCAUGAGAUCUUUGCAUGAGUUGUAUAGCUUUUGAGGAACUGAGAAGGCUUUGGAUGUGGUGAGGUUUGAUAUCUUCCUUUUGAGAAAGGUAAAUAUAAGCUAAGUAGAUGGCGAAUGGAGAGAUGGACCCGGUGAAAAUUAUGGUGGAAGCUAAAUUACUAGACAACAAUAUGUUCACUGUCAGACAAUGAAAAUGGAGGCUUGAUGUCAUGGGCAUGUACAUAUGCUUCACCUCUUGUACAUGAGAAAUUGGUAGGGUUUUUCAUAAAUUUUGUGCCCACGUGAUCCUGGUGUAUUAAAGUUUACAAAUCUUGUGUAAUUUAUGAUUCCUUUGGUACUAUUUGUGCAGAUGAUAUACCUUGCUGCAGUAUAUGCCUCAAAAACAUGUCUU